AUGGCCCGCAAUGCAGAAAAAGCAAUGACCACAUUGGCGCGAUGGCGCGCAGCUCAGGUACAAGAGGCAGGUGGUCAACGCGAGAGGCGACCAUACCUAGCUUCAGAAUGCAAUGAUCUACCACAGGCGGAGAAAUGGAGACUGCAAAUUGUUAGAGAAAUAGCCAAGAAAGUUGCUCAAAUACAGAAUGACGCAUCUGAAUCACCAGUUAAUCCAAUAAAUAACGAUGAAUUGCCGACGGUAGAGGACGUUGUGGACGUUGUUAUUGAUACAGUCCUACCAGAAACAGAGCCUCUUACACUAUCCCCUGAGGAAGUGUUUUCGAAAGUAGCAAACGACGUAAGUCCAAUCUUUGCUUCAUCGCAAUCCCCAAUAAAACUACCUAGCCUUUCUCCCAGCGUGAAAAGUGAACAAGCAAGCACAAAAGAUGCAACGCAAUAUAAAAGUGGCAGUUUGAGUCUAGGUUCCCAAAAAACAACACACAGCAAUCCCACUAGUGAGAAGAGCGAAGGGUCAUUCUCAAAUAGUUCAAAAUUACCAAGUAAAAGAAAUAGUAAAUCUAGCAAAGAUGAUUCAGUAGUGAAGGCUAUCGCUGAACUCCAGCCGCAAGGAAAAAUCAUUAGCGAUCACGUCGACAAAUUGUCAGAUGCCGUUAAAAUACUUGCACACGACGUAAAGGUGUCUCAAGCGAAUAGUGUGCCACAUAACAUUGAUAAAAUAGCUAAAAUGAGCAAAGAACUUACGAGUGAAGCAAAAGCUUUGAGAGACUCGAUUAAGUGUUUAUCUGAGGACAUUACGCGUACUAAACAAGAACUGUGCUGUUGUGUGACUGAAGAGGAUGUCAAUUUCCCAUAUCACUUGUUCCUCAUUGAAAUUAUAAUAAACAAAAUUCAUAUGAAGUGUGAAUGUUUUGAUAUCGACUCUAACAAUUUAGUGAUCGCUGCUACAUUUUUGGGGAAGCAACCAAUUAUUUUAUACGAUUCCUCUUGUGGUAAAAUUGAUAAUUUCAACAAAUUAAAUGUUGGAAAAUCUACAUUGUUUGCUAUGACUUAUGACAAAAUAUGCAGUAUUAAAAAAUUUGAAAUAGUAUUAUUACUAACGAAGCAACCACCGUGUUCACCAUGCGUGACGAAAAUCGGCGAAACCCACAUGGAUUAUACCUGUGAGUUUGUCACGUUACGAGAAGAGCUGUGUUCAAAGUGGAGGGACCAACAACCAACAGAUAAUAUCCUGUGCACAACCUCCACUCCACUAUCCAAAAAUAUGUAUUAUUUAUCUUGCUGCAUGGGAGAGAAUACUGACACAAUAGGCAUUAUAGAAGUCACAGUCAGAAUGUCAUUUUUAGGUAAAGAAAUCACCACAGCAUUUUGUGCACAACCUAAACCACAAGGUACGUCCUUUCUCUUAAAAGAUGAUCACGGAAUGUCAAUGUAUUCCUGUCAGCGGGUAGAAAUGGACGACCACGGUAAAAUACUUUUAGAGGAAGGCGUUAUGUCAAAAACUACUCCGCCGUGCUUGACAAGCUCUCCUCGACACAACAACCCGCAUUCGUCUGUUUCUAGCUCCAUAUCUAAGCGAUCUUACGAACCACCUUCUCAAGUCAACCAUGGAAUGGCAAGAUAUGACGAAAUAUAUACAAAAAUGAAUGUUAAUGAGUUAAAAAUUAGAGUUCCAAAAAGCAGCAAGGUUGAAAGAACAGGAAAGUACGAUAAGAUUCAAGAAUUAUGUUCUUGUGAAAGCACAGCUUAUAAUACUGGAGAACAAAUACAAUUUGAAUUACCUAAAGAUUGUACUUAUCCGGAAAAAACAUACACAUCCAAUCUGAAAUACACCCUAAAGGGCUUAGACAGAAAUGAAAAAAAAGACAGAAAAUUAAUCAACGUAACGCCUACUAACUGCCCUGUGCCAGUGGACAUGUCCAAAAUGUUACAUCCACAGAAGGAUGUGUUCAUUUUGAAGAUUGGAAAGAAGUUAGAAACACAAGAUAAGAAAACAGAUCUUGAAAUAGAACUUGUUACGCCAAAACUUCCAUCUGCAAACGAAAAUAAUAAAAAUAUAUCCGCUCAGUGCAGUAAUGCCGACGUUAAAAAACCAUUAAAACCAAGGAAAGAAAAAAGUAAAGAUAGGAAAGGAAAAGGAGCCGGUCUCGGUGAGUUCAGAAUCCGUGACUUAAACGACGAGAUCAAUAAACUGAUGCGUGAGAAGCGUCAUUGGGAAGUUCAAAUAAAAGCAUUGGGUGGGCCUGACCAUGCCCGCGUCGGCCCUAAAAUGCUUGACCAAGACGGCAAAGAAGUUCCAGGAAAUAGAGGAUACAAAUAUUUCGGCGCGGCAAAAGACUUACCAGGUGUUCGCGAAUUAUUCGAACAAGAGCCACCGCCGCCACCGCGCCGAACGCGUGCAGACCUCAUGAGGGACGUAGAUGCUGAUUAUUAUGGCUACAGAGACGAUGACGAUGGACUGCUCAUGCCGCUAGAACAAGAAGCAGAAAAAGAAGCCAUAGCGAAUGCGGUUGACGAAUGGAAAAGAAAUAAAGAAGAAAAUAAAGACCAAGACUUAUCUGAUGAAGAAAAUAUUUAUCCUGAAGACCCUGAUGACAAAAGAAUAGAGGACGAAGAAGCUGAACCUGUCAGGCAAGUAGUGACGUCACACGUAGCCGUACCAUCACAAAAAGACAUUGAAGAAGCACUUCUCAGGCGAAAGAAACAAGAAUUGUUAGAAAAAUACGGUUGCAUGGAUGUCGAUGUCAAACUCGAACAGAGCUGA